AUGCUACUAACUCGCCAUGUCCCCAUUCCUUGCCCACCUUCCCUUGUGCCCCCCCCCUCUUCCCAUCUAAUGGCGCAUCGCAAGGCAGCGGGCAGGCGGCACUCGUACGGCGGGCAGGAGCUCACCGCCAUGCACGCCGCACUCACACACCCGCUCGCCACCGCCCAUGCCAGUGACGCUGGCAGCAGCAGUGACAGCAGCACUGCCGGCAGCGGCACUGGCAGCAGGGGCAGCAGGGCGAGCAGGCGGCGGGGGGGUACGGGCAGCAUGGACGUCCCUGGCCGCCCCGCCACGGCGCUCACCCGCUUCAGCCGCCAUGCCAAACCCCCCCUCGCCACGCCCCCCUCCUCCCUCCCCCCCACUGCCGCUGCCACUCCCCUUGCCACGACCCCCCUUGCAUCACCGUCCGCCACCAGUGCGUUCUCAGCCCGCAGCCUCCCAGCUCAGGCUGAAGCGCCACCAUCCCACGCCACCCCUGCUGCUGUUGCUGCUGCUGCAGUGGGGGUGGCUGCUGGUGAGUUUGGGAAGACUGUGCGUGGGAGUGGCAAGGGGAGGGCGGGUGGGAGUGGCAAGGAAAGAGCGGGUGGGAGUGGCAAGGAGAGGGCGCGAGGCAUGAGGCAGAUUGAGGCAGAGCUACAGCAGAGGAGAGAGGCGGCCGCAGCCAAGGCAGCAGCAGGCACAGCAGCGACAGCAGAAGCAGACAGCGGGGCUAACGGGGCAGUGGAGGAUGAUGGGUGGGAGCAGCAGGUGGGGCAGGUGGCAGUGGUGCACAGGCAGGUGAGGGCCACAUCGCUGGCAGAGCUGUACCGAGCGGCGGGGAGAGGGGGCGACCUGGACGGCGCAAGGAACGUGGCACCGGCUCAUGCCCUCCCACAUGUGCUCGCUGCCACACCCGGCCCGCUGUGCCAGUCCAUGCCCUUGGAGCCGCACCUGGGCUUGCAGCCGCACCUUCCCACGCCCCUGCCUGUGUCGCCUGUCCCUGCUGCCCCUGCUGCCCCUGCUGCCCCUGCUACUUCUCAGUGCAUGGCAGGCACAGGCACAGGGCCAUCCCCAGGCAUCUCGCCCCCUUCCACCCUCUUUUCCACCACCUCUCCCCUCGCCGUCGCUCUGCCUCCCUGCAGUGCCACCGCCCCUUUCCCCCCCGCCUCUGCUCCUUCCCCUCCUGCCUCUGCCUCUGCGGAUUCCCCCCUUUGCCACCCCCCUCACACUGCGUCGUCCCCUCCUGCCGCGCGCCCACCCUCCCAUCGCGACCUGCUGAGGGCGCGCAAGGCAGCACACAGCCGCCGCCCGCACUCGCUGGCGGGGGGGGAGUUUGCCACACUCAGGCUCGCCCACAACCCCACAGGAGGCUCUCCAGAAUCCACCACCGCUCUGCACCGCUCUCCCCUCUCCUCGUCCUCCCGCCUGAUACAUCCCGUUGCUGCUGUCGCCCUGGCCACUCUCCCCCGCCCCUCUACCUCCUCUCCUGCCCCUCCUGCUGACCCUUCUGCUGGUGCAGCGGAUGAGAGUGGGAGGAAGCGGCAGAGCAACAAGGGCAUGAGGCAGGCAGCUGGGGGAGGGGCGGUGGCAGCAGCGGUGCAGCAGUCAGCGGGAGCGGUGGUGGCAGCACAACCUGCCAUGGUGGAUAUUCCACGCGCUGCCACCACGGGCAGCAUUCAUACCACACCUGCCACCGCUGCUGCUGCUGCUUUAAGGACAUGUGGGUCUGACGAUGUGCCCUGCCCGCCCGCUCACGCAGAGCACAUGGCACAGGGAGGGGAGGGGGGCAUGCAGGGGAGGGAGCACGUGGCAGCAGUGCCACCAUCAGCAGGCGCAGCCCCCGCUCUUGCUGCCGGCACUCACAUGUCCCACCCCACUGCACUUGCCCAUGACCCAGCUGUCCCCUCCACCGUCCCUCGCCCUCUGCUGCACCUUGCUCCCACUGCCCUCGCCUCCGCUUCCCCUGCCAUGUCAGCUGGCUCUCCUGUGACGUCAGCAGGGUCGCCUGCCAUGUCAGCAGGAUCCCCUGCCUCCCUGUCCAAUGAGCACGCGCCACGUGGUGCACAGCAGGCAGCAGCGGUGGCGGAGCUGAGGAGCAAGCUGAGGGUGCUGCUGGCACCGCCACUUUCUGUAGCAGAGCAGGCAGGCAUGGGGGCGUGGGGGGUGGGGGAGUGUCACGAUGUGGCCAGGAAGGGAGGUGCAGGCAGUGAGGAGGGCCAAGUGCCAUCAGCUGUGGUGAAUGCACCACCUGCAACAGCUGGUCACUCAGGCUCUCUCCCACCUCACUCCUCUGCCGCACAUCCCACCUCUGCCCUCACUGCCACACACCGGCACCCCCCCUCGCCUCCUCUCCUGCACCGCUCGCUCUCAGACCCACACACACCGCGCCCCCCCACAGCGCCCUUCCCCCUCGUCUCUCCGCCCUCCCCCGGCACCCUCUCAGCGCCGCACUCGCCCGCCCCCCCGCCCUCUGCGCGCGCCCUGGGCUUUGCGUGUGCGCGCCGCCCCUUCAUGCUGCCGCCCGACUGGCACGCGCCCUCCGGUGCUGCUGAGAGUGGUGGGAGGCCGCGCACUGCAGAGGGGGAGAGAGGAGGGAGGGGCAUGCGGGCGUUCACGUCCGUGGGGCACCGGGGGUUGCUGCCAGGCAGCAUGCAUGCAGGGGAGGCGUCAGCAGCAGCAGGGGGCGCGGGCAGCCACUCCGCCCUGACCGCGCGUGAGGUGCUGGCAGCGCUGCGGCGCGUGCCGGGGCCGUACAGCUCGGGGCGGUUUGACGAGGUGGAGGGCGUCGAUGACGCACUGCUGGGCGCCGCCGCCACGCCAAGGGUAGUGGCGGGAGGGGCGCGUGGUGGCGGUGGUGGGCGGCGGAGGAGGAGGUUCAGCGUGCUGGCUGUGGCGCGGGAGGUGGUGGAGAGGGAAGGGGGGGGGGGAGAGGGGGGCAGUGGCGAGUAUGCGAGUGGAGGGGACGGGGAGAGAGAAAAAGGUGGUGGUGCGGAGGAGGCCGGAGGAGAAGAUCGGGAAGGUAGGGAGGACUCAGAGAGCGAUGGCGAUGGGGAGGGCGAGGAGGCGGCACAAAUGCGAAUGGAGUGGAGGCGGGUGAGGAAGGAGCGGCAGCUGGUGGAGCAGGAGAGGGGCGAGGUGCAACGCGUGCAGGGUGAGGUGGCACGCUUCAAGCAGUGGGCGCAGGAGGAGCAGCAGCGGCUGCAGGAGGAGAAGCGAAAGGUGGAGGCGGACAAGCAGCGCCUGGCGCCCUUUGAGGCGCGCCACCGCGCCUGCCAGCACCACAUUGCAGCGCAGGACGCCGCCACGGCCGCCCUGCGAGCACAGGCCAGCGCCGCCGCCACGGCCACAGGGCACGUGGCAGCGCACACGCACUCGCUGCGCUGCCACCUCGCCUCCUCCGCCCACCUCCUCGCCGCCACCAAGCAGCGCCUCGCUCACGACCGCGCCUCCGUGGCUGGCGCUCUGGCUCGGGCUGCCGAGGCUGAGGUGCGGGCGCAGGCCGCGGAGAGGAGGUUCGGGAAGAUGCCGUGGGAGGUGCGGAGUGGGAGUGGCGUGGCGCGGGCAGUGCAUGGUGUGGCGGGCCGGCAUGGGUCGCCCGUGCAGCGCCUGCACACCCCCGCCAUGCGCCUGGCACGCGUGGUGGCCGUGGCAUGGCGGGGCGGUACGGGUGAGGGGGCGGAGGAGGGAGCGGGGGUGGAGAAGGAGGAUUUGUGGGGCGAAGUGGGGGAAAUGGCCGAGGGGCGAGAGGAGGGCGGGCACAGGGGAGGGGAGGAGGGAAAGGGGAAUGCAUGGCAAGGGUGGAGUGCAAGCACGGAAGGGAUGGUGGUGGAAGAGGGACAGCGAAGGGAGCAGCGAGGAGUGGUGGGCAAGGCGCGUGGGUUGAAAGGGGAGCAGGUGGCAGGCGUGGCGAGGGAGGUGAUGCGCGCUCUGCUCCUGGCAGCCCGGGCGGCGAGCGACAACGCAUCUCGGCUGCUCUUCUGGUGGUCCAACACGGCCAUGCUGCGCUCCGCCCUGGCACCCCUGGUGGCGGAGGAGCAGAGGAGGAAAGGGGAGGGGAAGAAGGGUGAGGCGGCCACAGGUGAAGGAGGGGCGGCUGGUGGUGGUGUUGGGAGUGGUGCUGCUGCUGCGAAUGGUGGUGGUGCAUGCUGGCCUGGCACAGGUCAUGACGACCGGGGAGAGCACCCGGAGCACCCAGAGCGGCCUGAGGACCCGUGGGGCAGCUUGGCGCACCUUGAGUCGCAGCUGCUGCAGCUGGAGCAAUGGCAGCACAACAGGUGUCUGCAGCUGGUGUGGACACGUGUCUUCCUGCCAGCCAUGCAGCAGCGCCCCCCUGUGCUGCCGCCUCCCUUCCACCCGCCAUCACACACCCCUCCCUUCACCCCCGCCUGGUCCUCCGCCCUGCUGUGCGCCACCUCUGCCUGCCAGCAGUCGUACCUCUGGCCCUUCUCCGCCCCCACGCCCCCGCCACCCCCACUCAGAGCGGAGGAAGUGCAGGCGCCCUGGUGGGCGGGGCUGAGUGGUACAGAGCGGUGGGUGGCGGUGAUGCACGAGGCGGCUGCCAUGCUGUGCCCUCACAGGGCCAUGGGGCACCACUGCGGCUGCCUCUACCCGCUUUUCAAGCAGGUGCUGCAGCAGUGCCAGCAGCGGCUAGACGCGGCUCUGUUCAACGCGUUGCUGCGCUCCGGUAACGACGUGCUCUCCACCGACCCUGCUGCCGAUCCUCUCACCGAACCUGCCGCCCUGCCGUUCCCCGCCAAUGGCCGCUUCUGGGCCGGCCAAGGGGGGCUACUGAAACACACUACCCAUCCCUCACUGCCAUCCAGACCCAUCCCUCACUGCCAUCCAGACCCAUCCCUCACUGCCAUCCAGACCCAUCGCUCACUGCCAUCCAGACCCAUCCCUCACUGCCAUCCAGACCCAUCCCUCACUGCCAUCCAGACCCAUCCCUCACUGCCAUCCAGACCCAUCCCUCACUGCCAUCCAGACCCAUCCCUCACUGCCAUCCAGACCCAUCCCUCACUGCCAUCCAGACCCAUCCCUCACUGCCAUCCAGACCCAUCCCUGGCUGCCAUCCAGACCCAUCCCUGGCUGCCAUCCAGACCCAUCCCUGGCUGCCAUCCAGACCCAUCCCUGGCUGCCACUGCCCCAGUAUCCUCAUGUACCCUCAAUGUGUUCGCGCCUUUCCGCCAUGCCUCUGUGCCCUCUGUUACCCCCCCACCACCACCACGGCACCCCACGGCACGGCUCCAGGUGUCGGAGUGGAGUGAGUUCCUUGCAGACAUGGACGCACACGUCUCCUCACACUGCCACGCCGCCGCCGCCGCUGCUGCUGCCACGCAGCAUGCCGCCACCGCUGCGCACGCUUACCCCCCAUCGCCCAUCCUUCCCCCGCCCACCGUCCCGCUCUCCUUGCUCUCCUCCGCUCGCUUCUGGGCGGGCCAGCUGGAGCUCUUUGAUUGGCCAGAGGGCGCAGAGGGGCAGGGCGGGGCAGAAAAGCCGGGAUGCGGAAAUGGACUGGUGGGGCAGGGAGAGGGGUGGAGAGCGGUGACAGGCGGUGACGCCAUGGGAGAUGCAGUGGCGCGCAGCAUUGCUGGGUGUGAAGGGGGCACGGGUCAGAGAGGGUAUGACCCCGCGGCGCUGCUGCUGCUGGGAGGGCGCGAGGGGGAGGGGGAGGAGGGGAGAGGUUUGGUGCAGCAGCUGAUCGGUGGGCGGGCGGAGUGCUUCCCGCUGCUGCGCGCGCUGGCCCACGUGCUGCUGCUGCCCAAGAAGGCUCUCUGCGACCGCCCUGUGCGCCGCCAGGUGUACGCCACCAUCCCAGCGCCGCUGCUGCAGCGUGUGGUGAGCAUGUGUGUGGAGCAGCCGUCCCACCCCGACCCCAUCCCACCCGUGCUGCUCGACAUGCUGCAUGCCGAGGCCAACACCUCUGCCCACGCCAUCCACUUCCUGCCAGUCUUCGACCCUACCCCCCUGCCCCCCACGCCCUACCGCCCGCCGCCCACCUCCGCCCUGCACGCGCUGCUGGGGGCGGCUGCACCAGGCGCGGUGGGCGUGCAGCAGGGGGGGCUGGAGGGCGGGAAGGGGGCACGGCACGGCGAUUUGCCGAUGGAGUGA